UCGCGGCGUGACGCCAUCCCGCCGGCGGGGCCCAGACAAGAUGGCGUCGCCCGAGUCCGGCGGCGCCGAGCGGGGCCCGUAGGGACGGACGGGCAGGGACCGCGGGACAGCGGCGGCACAGCGGGGCCGGCGGCCGCAGUUUCCGGGAUUGUCGGAGUCCGGGGAAUGUCUCUCUGCUUAAUAACCGCUGAUGAGUUCGCCUUUGCUGAGUCUGCCCGGCUGCUGUUGAAAUCGGAGUGAACGUUUGGUGUCCGUGGCGCUGGGAGGUGCCCCCUCGCAGUAACUUAAACUCGUCAAGAGCAAAAACAUCCGAUUUUUGUUUGGGGGUGUGGUGCUUGUCGAGGCUGCCUCCAGUCAGAGGAGAAGCUGCAGCUACUAAGGUCAGACACUGCAUAAGUCAAGUGUGAGCAGAAACAAAGGCACAUGAAAUUUCAAAAGGAAAACCAGGGAAAUCUCAGGUACAAGAUAUGUGAAUCAGUUCUAAAUGGCUUCUAAGAAGUUGGGAUCCGACUCUCAUGGGCCUUUCAGUUACCUUGAUGAUGUCCCUUUUAAGAUAGGAGACAAGUUCAAAACCCCAGCGAAGGUUGGAUUACCCAUUGGUUUCUGUCUGCCUGAUUCUUCUCAGCUUGUCAGAGAAGCCCAGUAUGACUUCUCGCUGGAAAAGAAAACAAUCGAGUGGGCUGAAGACAUCAAAAAAAUCCAGGCUGCCCAGAGGGAAGCUGAACGCAAGGCAGAAGAAGCACUAGCUAACUCCAAAGCAGCUCCAGAGGACAGCACCAGGAUGGGGUUCUCAGAGGGACCUUGCCCUGAAGCCAUGCCUCCUCCUAUCAACCCCAUCCUCGCUAGCCUGCAGCACAAUAAUAUCCUUACUCCCACGCCAGCCAACAGCAGCUCUGUGAAGCAAAAGGUCCUGAGCCCGCCUCGUCCAAAAGCAGAUUUUAACCCAGCUGAUUUUGAACGUGAAGAAGACCCAUUUGACAAACUGGAAUUAAAAACUAUUGAUGAUAAGGAGGAAUUAAAAAAUAUUCUUGAAAUUCACGUUGGUACUACUGGGCCUAUUGUUGCCCAGCUGUUAGAUAAUACUUUGCCCAAAGGAGGGUCUGAGUCUGUGUUGCAAGAUGAAGAAGUUCUGGCAUCCAUAGAAAGGGCCACGUUGGACUUCAAACCCCUUCAUAAACCCAAUGGCUUUAUCACUUUACCACAGCUGGGAAACUGUGAAAAGAUGUCCUUGUCUUCCAAAGUGUCCCUUUCUCCUAUCACUUCAGUGAGCAAUAUCAAAUCCCUGUCCUUUCCUAAGCUUGACUCCGAUGAGAAUGAUCAAAAGUCAUCAAAGCUCACGAGCACUUUCCACAGCACUACCUGUCUCCGCAACGGCACUUUGCUCAGCUCUUUGCAGGCCUGUGCUCAGAGUAAAGGCAGUGAACUGAAUGGACUCCACAUGGUUGGUGUUUCUGCUCUAAAUGAGGACAGUGCCAGGGAGACAUCGACAUCACCCUUCUCAUCCAGGCUGUCUUCCCUGGCUGCGCCGACUGUUUGUACGGAAGACGAAUCAUCUCAAAGCACAUCGACUACGCAGGUACACCCAGACUACAAGGAAACAGAAAUCCCUGUGGUAACACACCAAAACUUCCCAGUGUCUAAAGUGCCCAGCAGCAGUAGCUGCACGAUGGAGCUGCAGCAGGGCCUCUCCCCCAGUGAGAGGCAGUGCGUGGAGACCGUGGUCAACAUGGGGUACUCACCAGAGAACGUCCUGAGAGCCAUGAAGAAGAAGGGACAGAAUAUAGACCAGGUGCUGGAUUACCUGUUUGCACAUGGACAGCUUUGUGAGAAGGGCUUUGAUCCACUUCUUGUUGAAGCAGCUUUGGAAAUGCACCAGUGUUCAGAGGAGAAGAUCACAGAACUUCUCCAGCUAAUGAGUCAAUUUAAAGAAAUGGGCUUUGAACUAAAAGACAUUAAGGAGGUCUUAUUAUUACAUAAGGACCGACACAACGCUUUGGAAGAUCUAAUGGCCCGUGCAGGAGCCAGCUGAAAACACAUUCCUGGAUUCUCGGCGUCCAAUGGAGCAGGACCAGCCCCGCCACCUUCACACCCAGUGUGACUUGCUCUCAGCGGGAAGGAGUCCAGCUUUUUCCAUACAAGGGAGAGUGACUGAGCAAGCCUGCCCACGUGCAUCACUCCAGCAUUUCUCUUUCCACUGAGGGCCAACUUUCUUUCUUAAAUUAAAUUUUUAAAGUGUCCUUUCCUAAGUUUCCUUUUUCCAGCUUGGCCAUGGAGAGUUCAGACUGCCCAGCCUCUACUGGAAUUGUACAUAGGUAGAGAUGGAGUGGUACCCCCCUCACUGUUGCACUGGAGUUGGACAGAAGAAUAUUAAGUUGGUUCUGAAACUAGAAUGCUUUGGUUCUUUGAAGCUGCUUUUAUGGUGUCUUGUCUGCUUGUCCUGAAUUACUUGACUGUGUCACAGUCCAGAUUAACUGGUUAAAGUUGACCUUUAGUGCAAUGGAGUUUUAUUUUUUGGUUGAAAGCUAGUCUGUAACUUAGUAAAACACUGGUUCAGAAAUUGUCACUAUGCAUAAAGACAGAACCUUGUUUAGUCCUCUUGGAUUUUACCCAUGCAUCCAACACUUCUGCCAGACAUGGGUGUCCAAUGCUCAGUGGUGUGUAAGUUCCCUUGAAGGCAGGUAAGCUGUGAACUCUACCUGGACCUGCAACUUAUGUUGGUUCUUGUACGUGAAGGCAGAGAGCUGGGGCUCAGUAUUCUUAAUCCCCCAGGCUUGUAGGAUAUUUAAGACAAUGCCCUGCUAGGAAAUCAGUUAUCUUUUUGUUUUAAAUAAUACUCAGUGUGAUGCAGGAGGUUUCUUUCAAGCACCUUCUUUAAAACAAAUAUACUCACUGCAUUAGUUCCAUUUUUCACACUGCUAUAGAAUUACAUAAUAACAUCUAGUACUACCAAUCAGGUUUGGGGUUGUUUUUGAUAGUUCAAAAUAUUAUGUUGUACAUUGUUCGAGUUCUAAAUACAUAAAAUAUCAGCAGUCUUGAGGAAUCUCUGAUUUGCUAAAUAUUUUGAUUCUGCAGAAGAACAACUAAUAAAACCCUCCAAUAUAACUCCCAGUGUCAUGGUUCCCAUCUCUCACGCUCUUUGGCUUCAGCAAAGAACUUGCUGGGUCCUGCUCCUGUGGGCACAUGUGAACACUGGGGCAGAACAUCCCAAUGUCUUGGGGCCGUGGCUGCAGUGGUGGAGUGUGCUGUGCUUCUCUGGGGCUUAUUUUUGCUUUGUGGCAAAAGCCGAGCCUAGGGAUCCAAACUCACAUUAGAGCUGGAGCUUUGGACUUCCACAGGCAAGAACAGCCCAGUCCAUUGCCUUGGUGUAGGUUUUUCAGUAGGAGGCUUUAGCUCAUCAGGACUCUGAAGGGGGUGGCAUUUAUCCACGUGGUGUUUAACUUUCUGUGACCAGAACAUCUAAUUUGAGCCCAGUGUGAACUCCUGGAAUUCUCUGUGAGGUGCCCAAGUACAUUAAUUACAUACCUUUACUUAAAAUGCUGCCAAGGAGGGAUGUAGCUGGCAAGUAUCCAGGAGAUGUGGAGAGGGGAUGAGGAGGAGGACCAGGGCAGAUUGCCCUGCAUGUAUCCCAUGGUGUUGAACAUCACCAUCUUCUAGUGGUGGGGCUGAAAUUAAAACUUGUCUGAGAAGGAUGUGCAGCAGCUGAUGAGAAAUGUGACAGUUUGAAAUGAGACAAUAGGGUUCCUGAUUAAUUGGAAAACAUGGCAAACAAAACUGAAACUGCUUUACCAUCACUGCCAGGAGCAGUCGCUUGUAUUGCUUGUUUGGCUUUCUCAACAAAUCCCCAUCUGGUACCAGACAGUCCUGAAGAGGCAAGAAGUCUUGCCAGUGAAACAACAACUGUUUAGACCAAACCUCUGAAUAAAAUAAUCUCUUUGGUUCUGUUA